GGCGGGGACAGGAUGACGCGCGGGGAGGAGGGGAAGGAGGAGGAGGAAAAGGGAAAAGAAAAGGAGGAGGAAGGAAAAAAAAGAGACCAUAGAUUUCUUCCUCAGCCUAGAGAGGUCCUUAAAGUGCAGGGGACUGGAGGGCGGGCGGGGACCACCCCAGAACUGGCCGCCGGCGGUAUCAUGGCGUCCCGGAACCCCCCUCCCCAAGACUAUGAAAGUGAUGACGACUCUUAUGAAGUAUUGGAUUUAACAGAGUAUGCAAGAAGACACCACUGGUGGAAUCGAGUGUUUGGCCACCGAUCAGGACCUAUGGUAGAAAAAUACUCAGUAGCUACCCAGAUUGCAAUAGGUGGUGUGACUGGCUGGUGUGCAGGAUUUUUGUUCCAGAAAGUUGGAAAACUUGCAGCAACAGCAGUGGGUGGAGGCUUUCUUCUACUACAGAUUGCCAGUCACAGUGGCUAUGUGCAGAUUGACUGGAAGAGAGUUGAAAAAGAUGUAAACAAAGCAAAAAGACAGAUUAAGAAACGAGCAAAUAAAGCAGCACCUGAAAUCAACAAUGUAAUCGAAGAAGCAACAGAAUUUAUCAAACAGAACAUUGUGAUAUCCAGUGGAUUUGUGGGAGGAUUUUUGCUCGGCCUUGCAUCUUAAGGACAUGAAUGAUCCUUCCUAGUGGAUCCAGCUGUGAGAAGAGAACGGCAGCAGGGUGUCCUCUCAGCUGCGCAGGCCACCAGAAUCUCCAGAGCAAGGAGAAACAACUCGCUGGACAAUACCAAAUUCACGACUAGCAUUUUGCCAUCUGAAGCUUGGCAAAUGAGUAUCUGCUGUAAAACAACCUGUGUGAUAUUUGAACAUAGUAUUCUUGAGCAAAACAUGGCUUUUGGCGUUUUUUUCAAAAUUUGCAUCUGUUUAAAAAGUAACCAGUAAGAUGUCACUAUUAGAUAUGGAUAUGAGAAAAAAAAUCUAUUGGAUCUCCCAGUGCAAUAUUAUCCUUUUAUAUUUAAAUAAGAUGUUCAUUGUGCUUCAUAGUAUAGUGCCAAUAGUUAAAAAAUUUGUCUUAUAGCCGGGCGUGGUGGCACAUGCCUGUAAUUCUAGCACUUGGGAAGCAGGCAGGAGGAUCACUGCAGGUUCAAAGCCUGGACUACUUAAUAAGUUCAAGUCCAGCUUGAAAUACAUAGUGAGACUCUAUCUCAAAAAAUAAAAAAUAAUUGUCAGG